CCGCGAUUCCUUUAAAAAAUUUAAAAUAAAAACAAGAAAAAAUCAGAAUUUCAAAAGAAUUAAAUUAAAUCGAAAGAAAAUUUAGAAAAAAAUAAAAUUUUGCACUAAAUUACAAAAGCAACAAAGAAACAAGUGAUUUGAGUGGAAAUCAAGAGAGGAAAGUGGCAAGAUACUCAAGACUUCGGUCGCAAAAAGGAGAUUCGAACGCAUAUGUAUAAAUUGCGUGAGGCAAGAUUGCGUGAUUUGUACGAUAUGGAUACAACAGGUGCUAAUUAUGGGGUCUCGAAGACAAGUAGUCAUGGCGAUUUGGUAGCUGAUCAUAGUUUUGCGAGCAUGAAGGCGAAGGAAGUAAGGGAUUCGGAGAGUCCAACGAGAGACAAUCGCGGCGGAAUAAUUCGCCCUCCAACCGGCGAAUGGAACGUAAUUUCAUCCACGGAAAAAAGUGCUGAUGGCAAAGAAGCCAAACAUCACACUUUGGCAACGACGGGCGGUGUCAAGAACAUCGCUGGCGGCAAAAAAGCUUACGCUGGUCUCGAAGAGGAAACAACUCAUCGUCGUGUCGACGGAGACACGAGCACCGAAGGUCAUUCCUCAAAAACGCAACUUUCCGAACAUUCUGUCACUGGCAACGAACGCGACGGCAAAGUCGAACGUUUCUCCAAAUCCUUCCAAUCAUCCUCGUCUUCCGUCACACGAAGCGGCAAAACUAUCACGAAUGACUUUGAUUCGCCGGAUUUUGCUGCUCUCAAGCCUCGAGCGGUGCAAAAAGACAUCUUUGACGAAAAUAUGUCCUUGAAUCGACGCGACAGUCAACAAUCCGUGUCGAGUAGCAAGCAUCAUCACGAGCAAAGUACGCGUCGCGAGUCUUCAACGCAUCAAGAAAUGCGCGAAAAUGUUCGGGAAGAGCAGCAACAACGCCACGAACGUCAUCAGAAUCAGUAUUCGGCAACUUCGUCGACGACGAAACACGAUGAAAGCCAUCAAAAUGUCCAAAAAUCCACGAAGGACGAGAAUAUUCGCGGCGAACAUUUGCAAACGACUCGAAAUCCCGAGCGAGUCAUCGAAGCAUUCCGUUUGGCGGAGAAACCGGGACAAGUUGUCGCUCGUACAGUCGUUCAUACGAAGCCUGACACCGUUUGCAUCACAGAAACGAAGGUUUUGACGGACGGCACAAAAGUGACAACGAAGCGGUAUGAAAGAGUUUCCACGAAAUCCGACAUUCAAACGUUGCGGAAGCAAUUUAACGCGAUCGACGCCUCAAAUACUACGACGACAACGACAAAAACCGACAAACGAUUCACGGACGAACAAAAUUCGCAACAAAAACAUUUAAGACAAACUUCGGGAACACCAAAAAUUCCCGAAAAUCGAACUUCGACGACGACUGUGGAUCAUCAAAUGACUUCCGAUCAUCAAAAUGCUUCCAUUCAAAAAAUCCAGAUCAACCAGGAAGAGUCAAACACCGUCACAAAAUCGAAAAUUAUCAAAAGUGACGGCACUGAAGUCAAUAUUCAAACGCAUCCCGGCACAAAUGUCACGAGAGUCGAACGAACGGAACAUCGCGAAACUUUGACUCAAAUUCCCGGGGAACUUCCGCCGAACCAAGAUAUCGUCAUUGAGGAACGUUUCGUUACCCAUUACGACAACAAGGAUAACGUUCGUCGUGAUAGCUACACAAAAACGGAAGUCACCGAAAAAAUUGUCGAUGAAAAAUUCGAUGAACGAACAACAAAAAAGACUUCAGCUCCAGUCGUGGAAAAUACUCGAAUUUCCGUAGAAGUCGAUAAAACGCAUCAAGCAUGGGCAAGUUCACUGCGUUGUGUGACUCCGCCGCCAGAAGGACAUCAUGCGCAACCGAAUUAUCAGUCGCCUUCUGCGAAACGUCCUUCGCGCCGUAGUCCUUCCCGCGAUUCAGACGUUACGAAAAUAAGCAAUACGACGAUUACGAAGUCGACGCAAUAUUUGCCGGGAAAGAAAACGGUAACGACGGAAUUUAGAACGCACGUUCAGUCGCCUGAUAGGAAGCCAGUUGUGAGAGGAGGACGUCCUCAGAGAUAUGUGACAGAUUCGGAAAGUGAAGAUCAGACAACGAGAAUUUCGACGACGAGAAAAGUUUCGAGUGAUCGUUCGGAAACGCAUGAAACGAGUAAAUUUAUUCGGAAUGAAACGGUUACGGACAACAAAACUCGUAAAACUAAGCCCGUUCUCAAACGCACCGAAACCUACGAAGACCGUUGUCGCUUAUUGAUUGGCAUGCCAGAAAAGCCCCAAUCUCCAACAACGCCUCGUCAACGUUCGGAAGACAACUUAAACUCCCCCAUAAAACCCACAAAAGGAGUUCGCCCCGUAAUUGAUGACGAUUCCGACACAACUCGCCGAUCAUCUUUCACUAAAACAACUUCCGACAUGACUUUCGACAAGAAAACCUUGCGAACUGCCCAGAUGACUGUCGAUAAAAACACAAAAGGAACUCACAAAACGGAAAUUAAACGAACAAUUUCUCCCGUCGACGAAGAUGAAGUCACAACCACAAAAGUAACAACAAAAAUUGAGGACACAAAGAAAACCAAACCUGCAGAUCAAAAACCUUCAAAAUUCACAACUCAUGAAACAGAAACUGUGAAAAUUACUCGAACUGGGGAUAGACCUGACAAUAAACGUCCUGCUACUCGUCGAACUGUUACGGAUUACGCAUCGACGACAGAAGAUGAGGAAUAUUCAAGUACUAUUAAAAGUCGCACGGAGAAGCGAACAAGCGUUGAACAACCUCGUGGAGGAAAACCAGUGAAGCCAACUGAUCAUACAACAACUAAAGUCACUGAAACUGUGGUAAUUACUCAAACCACAGACGAUAAACGUGGCAAAAAACCUUUGCAAAAAGGUCCAAAACUCGUCACAGAAACAGAUGAAGAGGAAAUUGUGACAACCGAGAAUGAAGAAACCAUUGAACGUCGCACUAGCUCUUAUGCUGAUGACACAAUCAGUUCAACUUUGAAGAAAACUGACACCGUUUUCGAAUAUCAUCCGGAUGCUCCAUCUCAAGAUGGUCCGAAGAAACCUCAACGAACUUCAGAUGAUUUCAUCACGAACGAAAAGAUUCAUUCAACGACCAGUGAUUCGAAAACCACGAGAAUUACUGAGUCGCAACCACGUGACAAGAGUCCUUAUACAGGUUCAAAACCAAGCGAUUCGGGGAGAUUCACUCGUUACGAAACUGAAACUGUGAAAAUCACUCGAACUACUGAUGAUGAAACUACAGAUCAAAAAGUUCCUUCUAAGAAAACUCCUUUGAAAAAGGGUCCAAAGAUGGAAACUGAUACCGAAGAAGAAGUUGUGACAACGGAAAAUGAAGAAACAAUUGAACGUCGAACAUCAUCUUACACUGACGACACCAUCAGUUCAACCUUGAAGAAAGUUGAUGCCACUUUUGAUGAGUUUUAUGCCAAGGAACGAAUUCACUCAUCCACGAAUGAAGUUGAUGCCAAACCAACUGAUCAUCCUUCAUUCAUUCCAGCGCAACCACGUGACAAAAGUCCGUACACUGGUUCAGACAAAUUCACAAAAUUCGAGACCGAAACUGUCAAGAUCACUCGAACCAGUGAAGAUGUCGAUCAAAAGGUGCCGAAAAAGCCCGUUAAAAAGGGUCCUAAGUUAGACACUGAUACUGAAGAGGAAGUUGUCACAACGGAAAAUGAAGAAACAAUUGAACGUCGCACAACUUCAUAUGCUGAUGACACAAUCAGUUCAACAUUGAAGAAAAUUGACACAACUUUCGAAUAUCAUCCAACAACGAAAGACGAGACAGUUGAUGAUUUUAUCUCAAAAGAACGAACUCAUUCUACUACCACAAGUACUACGGAAGUUGAUUUCAAACCAAAUAACCAUCCAUCGUACAUUCCGGCGCAACAUCAACCACGUGACAAGAGUCCUUACACAGGCUCCAAAACAGGAACUGAUAAAUUUACAAAGUUUGAAACGGAAACAGUGAAAAUUACAAGAACAACUGAUGAGCAACCAGAAAAGCCGGCGAAGAAACCAGUGCUUAAGAAAGGUCCCAAAUUGGAAACUGAUACCGAUGAAGAGGAAGUCACUGAAGAAACAACUCAUCAUCGCACUUCUUCAUAUUAUGACGAUACAAUUAGUUCUACAUUGAAGAAAAUUGAUACUAGUUUGGAUUAUAUUCCGACUAAGGAUAAGCCAUCAGAUUUACAAGUGAAACAUGAUGACUUUGUGAGUCGGGAAAGAACUCAUACCGAAAAUGUUGCUCAUCAAGUGGUGAAGAAGGACAAGCCAAAAGGUAUGGAACCAGAUCAAAAACGUCCUUCGACUCAUACUACAUCAACAACAACAACAACAACUGUCACUUCAGAAACUGAACACGAAGAUUACGAUCGUAAAAUUUCGACAACAUAUCUCGACGAUACUUUCAGUUCCAACUUGAAAAAAAUCCAUCCUGAUGAAUUUGAGGAUCGUCGAAUUCGCGACAAAAGUCCCAUGCCAUCAACUGUCGAUGAAACAAAAAUCACAAAAGUCGUUGAGGAAGAAAAAACAAUAAUUUCCAGCAAACCAAAACCUCAAGGCCCACAAAAAACCCCAAAAGGUCCGAAAACUAAGAAGCCCGAUUACGAUUCAGAUACUGAUCAAGAUGAUGUUGUCGUUGAAACUUAUUCCGUUAACACGACAACUGGAACCCUUUCUGAUAAUUUGAAGAAAGUUGCGAACAAAAAAGUCACAGAAAUUAAACAAACGUUCGAGUCACCUUCGAAAAAAGGAGAAAGUCCUAAGAAACCGCAAGAAAAACCUUCCACUAAAUACACGAAGGAAGUUACUGAAGUGAAAAAAGUAUUCGAAACUCCCAAGAAACCUACGGAGCCGCAACAAAAAGUCGUUACAACGAAAAAAGUUGUUCAAAAUAACAAAACAAGUGAAUUCAUCAACAAUGAAGUCGUCAAUAAACAACCAGCGACUCGCGUAACUCCUAAGAAGCCUGCAGAUGAGUCAAGUCGCUUUAUUAAAACUGAGGAAAAAUUCACUUCGGCGAAUACUGUUCGUCAUUCAGCGCCUGUUUUUACAACAAAAACUGAAGAUUACUCGUCAAAAACAACUCGUCAUUCGACUCCAGUUGUUCCAACAACUCCCAAAAAAGGUCCUAAAGAAGAGAAACCUCGACGUGGAUCUAUCGUUGAAAUCACAAUUGAUGUCAAAGAAGAUACUGUUGCUAAAAAUACAGACGAAAAAACUCCACGAAAAAAUCGCCCAAGUCGCACUCCUGACAAAAAAGCAACAACAAAAACGACUUCAUCAACCAUCAAAAAAGAAGUAAUUGAAUCUGAUGAACAAUAUUCCAGCAGCGAUAAUCGUCGCCCCGCCAAGAAACCUGUGACAGAAAAGCGUUUAAGUGACGACAUCCAUCGUCGUAAAAUCGUAACAGAAUCCAUCACGAUCAAAAAGGACAUUGUCAGUGACAGUGAUGAUAUGACAACAACUACAACAACAACUCGUAUCACGCCAAAAAAUGAUACCAAGUCAACUGUAACGACGAAAAAAACAACAACUAUCACAAAGGACGAGGAAAAAACUCCCACAAAAUCGCCAAAACAUCAGAAAAAAUGCAUUACCACAAAAACCAUCAAUUUAACGGCGAAAAAUCUCAACACCUCGGAUUCGUUGGAGGAAAACAUGAUCAUCGACAUCCAAAAAGCAAAAUCCUCCCGCGAACAAUCCCCGAACAAAUUAAUUCCGGUUCCCGUUUCGCCAGAUGAUGAACAUGUCAAAACUUUACCGCAGCGCUAUCCGGACAAAGUUGUCGAGCCUGAUGAUGUAAAACCGAAACGUAAACCCGUCGAACGAAACAUUCCGAUUUUCGAGGAACAAACGAACGAUUUUGUCGGCAUUAAAAUCGAAGAAGUUGCCGAUCACUUAAUUGACGUCAAAGAAACUUCCACAAAUUAUACUCAUACGGAGGUCAGUAGUGAUGAUGAUGUCGCCACUUUAUCAGUUUCGAAAAAAGUUAAUCUCUUCAUAAACGAAGCGGAAAAACUCAAAAGUCCAUCGCCAUCGAGAAAAAUGAAAUUUGACCGAGAUGUGAACUUUGACCUGAAACGCGAGAAAUUUUUAACGGAAAAAAUUAUCGAAGAAGCAUCUGAGAGUGAAACGGAAGUCACCACGACUCACAGAAAAAAAUCCGAAACUGACAGAUGUUUUUUGAAUCAACGACCGAAACCCGUUGAAAGAGAACCAUCGCCAAGUGUUUCGUUAAAAAGUACGGAAGUUGUUCAGAAUAUCACAAAGAAAACGACGGAAAAAUUCGAAACAAAGGAUUUUGAUCGUUCCGUUCCGAGACAACAAUCGCCCGGAGCACCUUUAAAAAGUACGGAAGCCGUCAAAAAGGCAAAAGCGAUAUUUGAAAGUCCCAAUCCUGGCACCAUUCCGUCAAAGCCACGCGAUAUAAUUAAUCGCCCAUCAACUUUUGACACAAAACCAAGAACUCCCGUUAUCGAAGACGAAUAUGAGAAGAAAAAUAUCACCCUUGUCGAAGCUUAUGAGGAAAAAAUUGUGCCUAGAACUGCCUAUAAAACAUAUCCCGAACGUCAAAAUUCCCGUUCGUCCCGCAUUGAUGAUGAAAUUAUCCCCGUUCGAGACAGCGAGGAACUUAUUUCAGCCUCUCGUCCUUAUAGCAAGACCCCCGAACGGGAACCCGUGAAGAAAAAUACCACAAAUGAGCGUCAUUAUGAACGCAAAGAAACGCAAAGUUAUCAAUCGAGUUCAAAGUCAAACACUAACAAGACGUCCCCGAGACGUCCAUCGAACGAAAAUACCCCGAGAAAUUCUCGUUACGAAGAUUCGCCACGAAAACAGACACCCAGUGGGGGAAAUCCAUCGCCAAAUAAUCCAAAUCGUCGAUAUUCUUCCGAAAUGCCGCCCUACAUGAAAGACGGAGUCUCCAGCAAAAAAGAUAUUUUCGAGAAAAAAAUAACGACAACGAAUACCGAGACUUUUGAGCGUCGCAAAUCGAUGUCGCCCGCAGUUGAGGACCUCGAGAAGCCACUUUACAACACGAAAGGUCACACGAACAAAGUUGAGUAUGAGCGUUCAUCAUCGCGCGAACUUCCCUCGUACAUGAGUCCGACAGUUUCGUCGCUCGUUCACAGCAAUCGGAAAUUUUCGAUCGAAACGCAGGUGAAACAAGUGCAAAAUGUCGUCGAAGAAGACGAACAUGUCGAAGGACUUGUUUUGAAAAAUAAACGCCCGUCGUAUCAACGAACCCCGUCGAAGGAAGUACGUCGCGUGAGUGUCACUGAUGCCGCGAUCGAAGAUAUUUUCGACCUGGAAAUUCUCGAACACAUGCUCGAAGUUGUUGUUGGGUAUGAACAACGUCGUCGGAUUCGCGCCCAAAUUCGUCUCGUCAAAAAAUUAAUCGCCGAAGGAAAAGUCAUGACAGACGGGAAUGUGAGCACGAAGUUGACGACAAAGACAACGACAACCACGCAACGUCAAAGUCACGAAAGAGCGCCAGAAACGCACGAUUUUCAUACGAUUGAGUCGCAUCAUACGGUACGGAAUGCAACGCCAGUGACGGCAAAAAGGACGACGACAACAACUGUCGAGGAAUAUCGGUCCAAAAAUAAUGAGCAGCCGAAAUUGGUGAAGAAAGAAACGCAUACGUCGACUGCAGGGUUUGGAUCGUCGCCUAAGAAAUCGACACAAAGUCAGAAAAGUUCGAAAAUGACGACGAAACAAGAGCAAGUAAGAACGAGGACUUCGACUACGAGAAAAGAUGAGUUUGGAGUGACGCCAGAUUUUGAGAAUGGAAUGCCGUUAUUUGGAUUGAGUGCGCUCAGGAAAAAGGAUGGACCUUCCUAUGUUCAAUCGAAAGUAACUGGAACAACGGUAACUGAGAAACGCUACUCCGAAAACGGCAAAGCCCCCAUUGGCGAACGCAAAGUCACUCACUACUCCACAGAUCCACGAGAUCUCGAAAAAUUAGUGGAAAAAGAUUCUCGUACACCCUCAGAAAUUCGCGAAAAGCUCUUUGAACGUCAAAAUUCCCGCUCAAAAGGCAUCAGCUCGGUAACGAUGGUCGAGAAAUUCGGCGAAGAUGUCGAACAAGAUCAACGUGCGAUUUUGGACAACAUUUCCGAGCCAUCGACUGUUGCGACAAACGUUUCUCGCGUUUCUCGUAAAUCCGUGGAUGCCUUGAAGCAAAAAUUUUCGAGCUGUGAACAAUCGUCGUCCGUUACGGAAACGACAAUGAGCCAUUAUCCGAAAGCCGGAUUAAUUUUGAGAUCUUCAAGUCGUUCCUCGACUCCCGGUGCAUCGAGUUUCCGUUCGGGAUCCGUGGAUUUUGACGAGUCUGAUGUAGAAAUUAGAUCUCUUACGCGAAAAACGUCACGAGAGCGAAUCAGCUCGUCGCGUCAACAUAUUUCGCAUGAUCCGUUCGAAGAUGAGGAAGCAACGACGACCGUCAAACGAACAACGAGAGUCACAAGCAGCGGAGGAAAUUCUUUUUUAGACUCGAGUGAGAAAGUUACAGAUAUUCAGGAUUUAUUGGCGCGCAUGAAAUCUUUAGAUAAUGCACCCCGAAAACCUGGAGAAACUGCGGAAGACCAAGAAGCCCGCGCUUUAUUAAAUCGCUUUCUUGGAGCCUCAGUCCUCAUGAGCGGCGCCGAAACAAUUUUAUCCGAUUCAGGAGACUCUGGCAUUGCCAACCAAAAGGUCAAAUCAACAAAGACAUCGAGCUCAACGAGAACAUUUUCAUCUGUACACCCAACUUCAGGAACUAAAGUGCUUGAUACAGAUAAAAUUAACGACGAAGAAACUUUGAGACAACUUAUUGAGUCGUCCAAAAGUUACGACGAACGACGUAUUUUAAGAGCCAAGUUGAGACAGUUGAUGGCCGAUAAAGAAGUUGUAAAUAAUAAUAAAAUGGAACGUCAAGAAAGCGUCACCUCCCAAAAGUCUGAAACAAAAGAAUUGACUGAAGUAAUUGAAAAAGUAGCAAGUACCGAAAUCGCUGACGAACCAAAAAAGUCCUCAUCUACGGAUGAUGCACUAAAUAAGGUUCUCGGUGAUGCCGCCAGCGACGCAGCAGCUGGUGAGUCUCGUUUAUUGCCACUGCUUCAAGGUAUUUUGCUUAGCAAGUCAUCUCCGUACUACACCUCGACGGAGACGACGGGCGGAGAUUCCGGCAAUGUUGCUUGCAAUGUUGACAGUUCUCUUUGUCAUAAUAACAGUAACAGUAGUUGUAACAAUUAUGGGCAUGAAUUCUUAAAAAUUGAAGACUCGGGUACGGAAAGUGGGGAAGACUUUCGCCUUCUUGCAGCUGGUUUAAAAAAUGGCGCCGAUGGAAAAGGCGGAGCCGAAAUUUUGGGUGAAGUAAAUGCGGCUCUAAGUCGUUUGCAGUCAUCCAUAAAGGAUGGCAAGGAAAUCGAUAUGGACAUCGAUAAACGUCAUUCACUUUUGACACUUAUUUCAAAGUUGCGAACUGAACUGCUGGGACCCGCAAAACCCGAAGUGACUCCGAAACUCGAGCAAUCAAGUUCGUGUUCAAGUACGCAAUCAGUUCCUGCUCAAAAAACCUUUAAUCGUCAAGAUAGUAAUGGUUCGAGAUUCGCUAAACGUCGAAAUCGUCAAAACCGACACACGGUUGGCGUAAGUCGAGAAGAACUCGCUGAUGCACGACGUUUAGUUGAAGCAAUGAUCAUUCGUGAUGCCCUGAAAACUCUUCCAGCUUUGGAGCCUGAAGCUCCGCCACAAGUUGUGACAGUUGCACCUGCACUGUACAACUUACAAAAACAAAAAUCAGCAGCUUCGAUUACAGACAAAGCUGACAAACCCACAGUUUUGAUGAGACCAAGUCAAUUCAUACAGAAAAAUGUCGCAGAAGACUCUCAUAAUACCACGGCAAAGCCUUUUGGGGUCCCAGCUAAUAAUAAAAUUAAGAUGUUCCGUCAUUGUAGUUAUGAGCAACCACAUAUUGCGAAAGAUGCUGAAGCAAGACGUGCUUCUGUUGAUGUUAUUGAUCCAGAAAAUGCACCAAAAGUCAAGUUUACGAAUGGAUUUGUGAAGAAAACUCCCGAUCAUGUGGAUUCGAGCAGUGAUGAAGAAGGCGAAGAACGAAAACCAACUAAUUUUAACAAAUCUUAUCACACAGUACAAAGUAAAGUUGAUGCUUUUACGAAAAAUAUCUCUCGAGAAGCUUCAGUUGAAAAAACGAAGCCUUUGAAACAUACAGAAUCCGUUAAAUAUGCCACAAAGAAAAAUCGCAUGAGACGUUCGAACACUGUUGAUCUCUCGCGUCAUCAUGAUUUCGAUACAGACGACGAAAUGUCUGAACAUGAAGAUCACAGUGAAGCUUGUCACAGUGAUUCAACGCCAUCUGGAUUCCGUCGCGGACUUAUCGCUCCAAAAGUGCCUCAAGUUCGAAAUAUCAUGCCCGAAUUGAAACCAAAGAAAGAAAGUGAUGAAAAGUUUUUGGCUCUCUUGAAGAAACAAGAACAACCAAAAGCCACGCCAACAUGGGUUAGUCCUAUACAGAAACAGCAGCAACAACAAAACAAUUGGGUUAACAAAUUCGAUAAUUUAAAACAUGCUUUUGAAGCUGGAACAAAGCCUGCUGCAGCAUUUCCAGCCCCAAAAUCCAACAACGUUGCGAUGAAAUUCUGGAAAUGUGCCGAACAAAACAAAAGUGUUGAUCGAAGCACAAUUCUACCGCCUUCAGGUAAAGUUAAGCCUUGGCAACCGCCUCAACCUGCACCAAAAGUCGAAGCUCCAAGACCUCCGAAACCAAAAUUCCCCGUAGAUGCUCUUCCAAAGAAGGAAUUGCCUCAAGCGGAAAAAUUCUCGCAUGCUCCGACAUCAGCAUUUAAGCCUCCGGCGAAGAAAAUUCAAGUUCCUCAAGAAAUUUUUGCUCCAAAAACGGAUGAACCUAAAAAGAUUGCUCCUGUCAGUACGGGAAUGGUGAAACAACUUGCAGCGACAGGAUACAAAGAAACUCCAUACGUUCCUCCGCCAAAAACGAUGGAGCCCACGAAAAAUGUCGUCAGUUCCUUAGUACGCAAAAAUAGUUUGCCUAAGCAAAAAGAAGCUCCUUUGCCAUGUCACAUUCCCUGGAAUGGUCGCAAAAAAGACGGAGCUGUUGAUCAAGCAGCUUCCAAGUUUGAAGUUAAUAAAUACGUGCCAAAGUUGAAUCCGAAAUAUCUUCCGCCUGAUUAUGAGCCUCCGUUCCCGGCUGUGAAACAAGCUCCUGUUUUGGAGGCUCCAUUGCCGAAAGUUCAACCUCCAUCUGUAUCGGCAUUUAAGCGUGGCGUUAGUUUGCCACGACAAGAAUCACUUCCGUUAAAUGUAAAUAACACUUAUGACCCUGCACUCGACACACUUCCCCGUUUCAAUGAUCAGUUCAAUGUUGACACAGUUCCCAAUACACCCGAUGAAAACCCCAAUCCCGUAUACACGAUUACAGAUUACACGCCUAAUGCUGUUUCUACGUACGAACCCUCGUUUACUUCCCGUCCAACACUGAAUCGUUCCGAUUCCCUUACCAAUCCGGAAGCAGAGCCCCUUGUUCUUACGUGUACUAACCAAGUGUAUCAACCGCCGCAAAUGCGUCGAAAUUCAGGCAUUUAUAGCAAAUACAAUCCCAUGUCAAUGUCGACGCCAAGUGUCUCUUCGGGAGUCAUGGUAACAGCUGAGGAAAUGUCAGACUCAGCUAGCGAUACAGAAGACGAGGAUUUCUCGUCGAGUAGCGGACCUGUGCAAGAGUUCAAAGCAGUUACGAAGGUUAUGGCAGCUCCCGUGAGCGGAACUGCUGUUACGGUUAGUAGAAAACCCCAAGAUUUAGAAACACAGAACAAUUUGGCUCAAAGCUUACAAGUGUCUUUGCAGAAAAUCGCGAAACGUACACCGGAAAGGGAACGAAAAUUGACGCCAAAUACAACAAACACGUCAACUGGCAGUGUUGGAAGUGUAGGAAGUACGGGUAGUAAUCGUUCAAGUAUGGGAUCGUCGCCUUAUGAUAACGUACAACACUUACAAAUCCCUCCGCCAAAGCUUGAAGUUAAUUCACCUACGACGCCGCCCAUGUACGAAUAUCAAGCUCCUACUUUUAACAACUAUCAAUCGAAACCUGUAGUUAGUUCAGGUUACAAUGCCCCAAAGCCACUCACAGCGUUCAAUAACACUCAAUCCGUUGGUUAUUACCAACAACCUCACAUAAGACAAGCCCCGCAUCAGGCAUCCUUCCAAUCAAACAACCUCCAACGGGCCAAAUCAAGUCACUAUUUAUCUGUGCCAGAGCCCUCAACUCAACCGUCUCCGCCGAAACCCAUAAUGCAAGAAAAACAGAAACAAAUUGCUGCCUACUUUGGCAGCGGACCAAAUUCAGCCUUUAAACCUCUAGUUAAACCAAAUCCGCCACAAAACCAAACACAAACUCAACCACAAGUGCAAUUCAGACAACAACAAGUACCUCAACAACCUCAAAGCAUCCUUAAACGUCAAAGUACCGCCAUAACAAUGACAACGUCAAUAAAUCGCGCCAAAACUUCCGCAAAACGCCUUAGCGGUCUUUGUCGCAGUCAAACGAUGCCAAAUGUGAAAGACGUCAAUUUACUCGAUGAGGGAAAUGUCGAAGACGCUUUCGAGCAACUUAUCAACUCUUAAACAGAGGACAGGGAACAUAAUAACUAGAGGAGACUGAAAACGUGAUUUUCUUGCAUUCCAAACACACAAAAAAAUACAA